GAGUGGAUAAAAUAUCACGCCGAGAUCGGUGAAUGUCCCAUAAGGAAAACCGUCUCCUGUGAAAACGUGGAAAACAAGCAGCAAAACUUGACCGCUCGGAUAGGCUCCCUACAUAGAAAACACCUUAAUUGAAAACGUCUUAUCGGCGGUUCGAAAAACGCGAACUCAAAACUCGUCCAGAAGGCAAGCGAGGAGACGUCAAAUUUGUGUUUUUGUUUUAUAUCGUUAUCAAGCAGAUGGCCAUGAAACUGAAUGUUUAGCUGUAGCCGAUUUUCCGGGAGCUAAUGGCAUCGGUUACUUUGUAUGCAACUUGAUCACAGAUUUUUUCUCGCGCGUCCUAAAUGGGAUCUGCUUGUAGAAAGUCGCAGGACACUGAAAACAAUCACAAAUAUAGCAUUGAGAAGGAAAUGGAUGACUAUUUAGGUAAGCCCACUCAACCUCUUUUUCUCAUUUUACAAACUGGUUGAGCGAGCAGGCGCCUCGCUCAGACCAGUUUGUUUAUAAAAUUCAUGAAAAAUGUAUUGUGUUGAAAACCCAUUCAUACACCUUUCCUCAGAAUUUUUAAUGCUGUUUAAAACGUCUGGUAGUUUUCCUUUAAAAAGAAGAGCGAUAGAUUGAACUUUUCAACUGAAAUAGGCUUUCCCGGUGCGAGAUUAGUCGUAAACUAAUGAGUACCCCAAAAAGUCGACCUCGAUGAAAAUACUUAAUAUUCGUAUUCAUAAAAAUAUUUUAUUCAGCAAACGUUUCUCUUAUCCAUUAAUUUUGAAGUUUGGUGGUAUUGUUUUAUGAAUACUAGUAUUCUUUGUUAUCGCUGAGACGGAAGCCCGGCAGUUUAAACGCUAUUAAAUGACAUUUCACGCACAUUUCACGCAAAAGCAAGUGUAGCUGCCAAGAAGACUAUAACACUUUGCGAUUCUUAUCCUACCAUCUGAGUGAGCCCCACACCUGUUUGGUGGCGUGUGACAGCCGGCACAAGCAUUCUGUAUUAUGUGCAGACAAAAAAGCAAUACAAAAAGGCGACGAGAAAAGAUCCGAAAAGCCAGCUUAAUGCGGCAUGCGUCGCUUCAGAUAGAACGGGGCGGGCGUUUUUAUUAGCGCGAACACCGUGAUUUCACAGCGCACGCUCUCGCUCUUUCACGCUUUCGGCGCACGAAAAGCACGUUUCCCAGAAUAAAAACUGACUCAGAGCUGACACAUAGAAAUAGAUGCUAAUUAGAUCUGCAUCGAGCAAAUACCCUGCUAAUUAAAAGAAGCUAGUCAUCAAAGAUUCGCCGGUUGUAAGCUGCUAUAUGAUCGCUAGAAUGACUUUUUCGAUAUAUCUUGAUCAGGCGAGCACCUUCCAGUUCAUAGCCCAUGGGAUUGAGUGUUAAAGGAACUGUAAUUUUAACUUCCUGUCGCCAAAGACGCCGAGUGCAUGGUCAUUAAUUAGUUGACUGUGCGUUCGUUUUAACGCAGAAUUUUUGCCACCAAAAAAAGGAAAUAUUCAUCCAAGGGCGGAAAGAAAUGCGAACUUCGCUUUCUGCAAGAUACCGCGGCUAUAUUUUUGUGCGACCAGCUGCCGCUUGUAAAAUCACUGGGAAAGGUAAGAUGUUUUACGAUAACGAAGCCGCCAGGCGAUCAAACCUGGCUUUAGAAAAUUAAAUUGCAAACGAGUAAAAAUGUCGGUUAACCACGAAUGUAGGUCAUUGCUGAAAUGGGAUUUUCUCCUUAUCUGAUCAUAAAACUGAAAGUCCGGUAAUCUCUUUAAAAAAUGAACGACUUCGCGACUGAAAAUGAUCGAAAUCUGAUGAUAUUUAAUGGUUUACAGGUGAAGAGGAAGUUUUUGGAUUAAUUGCCAGAAGUUAUAUUUUCAGAGAAAAGAAAACGCAAUGUCGCUCAGGUAUCAAAAGAUAUUGGAAAAGUUAACUGUCGCGAGCGACAUGUCUUUUAACUUCUAUCAAUUUGUGUGACUAGCCGCCCAGUUAUUUAAUGAAGUGAAAAAGAUGUUGAUGACGUAAGAGGAAAAAAAAACGGAAUAUACAAAUGCAUAAUUCAAGUUAUUUUAUACCCAAAGCAAUUAUUUUUCGUUGUUAUCUUCUUUGAAUGAUUAUAAUGUAAGCCUUAUAUUCUUGUAUCUCCCAGUUCUAUCUUUGAUGAUUUUGAAUCUUGGAUUCGAAGUAUCGGCAGUUUCAUAUUGGCAAUGGUUUUGGAAUAGUGAUUUCCUUUCAUCCUUUAAAACCUUCAAAUAUAGAAAAUUAAAAUUUCUUCCCGUUGUUCACUCAAUUUUGAUUGUUUUAUUUUUGUUUAGUUUUGGUCAGCUUAUUAAAUAGAUAAAUUUGCAUGGACUGCUUAUAAGCGGACUGACAUUUGCUGCAUCAUUUUGAGCAAUUCCCAUCUUUAUCACGUUCAACAUCAAAUAGCAUUUUCGCCCGUGAAAAGUUCAUUUUGUUUUUCUUUCAGUGUUUUUCUCCUUUAACUCUCUUUCGGUAUAUCUGUUUGCACUUUCUUUCCAAAGUUAUUAUAUAAGAAGAUCGGUUAAAUAAGUCAUUACCGUCUACAAAGCAGAGGACGGUUUUGUCUUUAACUCGGUGCCAAUUACAACUUGAAGAACAGUUGAUGCUCUCAGGUCAUGUCAGGUAGCAGUUGAUAAAUUCUCAGCCUAAAAUUUCUGUCCAACAUGCAAUUUUGUCUCCUUAUUAGAGCGUUUUCACUCAAGGGGCCAUCAGCUAUGUAAAUUUAUUCGAACAAAAGAAAGUUUUAACAUAACAAAACGGUUGCGGGGAAAAGUCGCCCUGAUGAGGAUUCUCUACAGUUUUGAACACUCGUUGACUCUUCACAGCACUGAACCUUUUAUGAAAAAUGUAAAGAUCCUUUGUAUAAACGGCCUCUAUAUUUGGUUAUAUAAUUCGUAUACAUCCUAAAUUCAUACACAAGUCCUCUGUCAUGAAUUGUUUGUAGAUUUCGCCGGUACACCAAUAAAAAGUGCGGCCUAUAUAUCGCUUAAGUAUAUACCACACAAGUGAGUAGUGCUCUUUGCACGUUUUUCGCGUAUUCUCAAAAAUAGAAACCCCAGAAAACUUCGAUCAUUUUACAGAAAAGUUAACACGGUUAUUUUUAUUGACACACUCCGCAACGACAACGACUUUAUUAACAGCAAUGCCAUGCAUAAAACACACACACUGAAUGGCCUACAUUUAACAAAAUCUAUUCGAGUUUAAGCCAUCUCUCGAUCACAUAUUAAAUGAUAAAAGCUUCUAACGAUUGAUAACUUGUUUCCGUCGACACUACCACAAUAUUUUCGCUAAAACCCACAGUGGUAUGACGACGACCCGCCAAAUACAUCUGCAAACUUUGAGGAAGAGACUGCCGCUCCCGCAUUGGACUGUGCAGCCGGCAUACUGUAUUUCGAGGACUGGACUGAACUGGACUGGAUUGGACCGCGAAAUACAGUAUGCCGCCUCAGAGAACGCUGUUUAGUCCACCGUGACAAGAGCGCAAAUCCAAGUCUCCCGAGACCGAGUCGUCACUUGAUUCCAUCCACCAAACUGACAUCCUCCUCUCACAAGACAUUUCACUUUUCUAAUAUGAGAUUUCUUGAUGAAAUGUUCAUAAAAGUCAAAGUGUCUUCAAUUUUUAAGGAAAAAACAAUUCAGGACAGAAUGAAUGAGAUUCGUACUCGGAGCAUCCGAUCUGGAGUGCAUCACUCUAACCUCUACACCACCGAGGAUUGGGUGACCAAUAUCUGUUUGAUUUAAAUAUAUAACCCUAACCCUAACCCUACUUUGUGUACGAAUCAUUAAUGUGUCAACGUCAGUUUGGCAGAUGGAAUUAAGUGUUACCGUCUCGGUCCUCCCGAGACUGGCGGCCUACUAUACUAUGACUACGGCUACCACGUUUUCCCGCCAAAAUGACACUGGCUUACGCAUAUUACAGAGUGUUUUCACAUGACGUCAUGGCGGCCAUAUUGGUGUUUGAAAACAAUGAGACGGUAGCCAUGUUGGUGCCCCAAACAAAUCCUGUAGGGUUGAACUCUUUUAUUAGAUAAACGCCUCUUUUGUAUAGAUACUGGCCUCGUGAGUGAAAACGCUGUACAAACACAAGCGUUGUGUGAGCCUUCUUACAGCCUCUCUUACGUAUACUUCAAUACCAAGGACUUGAUAAUCGGCUCGCAAGUGACUGAUGAUUAUUUUGUUUUGCUUUUAAAAUAGAGGCAUCUAUCCAGCCGCAUAUUCACGUGACCAAAGUGCCUGGUGACAGCGCAUGCGGAGCUAACGAAAAUGACGGUGAAGCGUGCAUCUGUGAUGGCAUUCGCAAGUACGAGAGUGCGUCCUCGGAGAAAGCUUCAGUUCUCGCUGUUUCGAGGUAACAUAAUUAUAUAAAAUUUAGCUAAAGGCGAAGCUCCCGUUAAUAAAUAGACGUCCAUUUAAAUUUGAGACUGCGAUCAGUCAAAAACUAGUAAUUUGUCAGCGGAUAAAUUCAAAAAAACUCGAUGUGUCGACCCCUGAGCCCGCGAUACGGUCAUGUGAUACUGGUCAGCGAAUACGCUGUUUUGACAUCUGUCAAUUGACCACAACAUGGGUGUGCAAUAUCAGGUUACAGCAGGCUCCCACAUUACCUAGAAAGUGUGAGAUUUCACAUUGGUUCCCUGUGGUGCGGACGGACUGGUGGACGGGCGAACGGGCACGUGAUAGAUAGCUAGAUGACCAAUUUUUCUUAGAUAUGGGACUCUGCUAUCAUGAAAUCAAAUGAAAUGAAAAUUAAUGAUGAGUUAGAGAAUUAACACAUCCACAUUUUUCUCCUCCAGUGUUUAGGAGUCUUCGGCUGAAAUUUGUCGGAAAAAAGGGUUUUUAGGGGUAAUGCAAUUACCCCUGUUAACUCAGCGUUUUUGUUGUGGGCUACAAAUAAGGACUCCGCCCUUUGUAGCAACGUUUCAUAAUCAGUUGCAAAAGCAAACGAUUUUUCUCAGUGCAUUUUUUUGCUGCCAAAACCAUCCACAAAGUGAAAAUCGAAACUGACUCUAGACGCAAUGUAAAUGUUUAGUAAGCAACACGAUCUGAGCAUAUCGUCGUAUGACACGACUUUUUUAAGAAAAUACUCACCAAAGAUAAAAACCUAGAUUUUUUAACAAAACUGAAUUCAUACAAAAUAAAAAUAUUUGGGUAAGGAGUGAAAAUGCCCGGGGGGGAUUCCGCAUAUGAAAGGGAUGUGGAUGCUCCUCGUCUCGCUUAGGGAUGUAAAUUUCGGAUUUUGGUCUCACUUACGGUGUUUUGGUCGGUCUCCUUUAGGGGUUUAAUUCAAAAUUUCCGACGAGCAUCCCCACCCCUUUCAUAUGCGGAGUCCACCCUCCGGGGGAAAAUGUGGGGAGUCCAAAAAGCUGGAUCCUUCAUGGGAGAAUUGAAAUUCAAAAAUCAGAAUAAUCCCCAAGAUCUUUCGAUUUUCAUGAGAGUUUUGAAGACUGUGUGAAUAUUGUCCAAAAGGUAAAUGAUUGGUAUCUUUUAUUUUUCGCUUGUUACUUCCUCAAAUUGUACGUUUAAGAAAUGAAUGUGGGCACUGGGGUUCACAUUGGCAGCGUCAGUGUAUUCUGAAACUAACGAUUACGAUGUCUUAAAAUUUACUUUAAAAAUGCUUACAUGAAUUGCCUCAAACCCCCUCCGCUGAUGCCCAAUACAAUUUAUUGAAACCUUUGACAUACGUUUAGUAUAGAAGUACGUCAACUGGAUCGAUAUCUAAAAUACAAGUAUGUCAUCACCGAAAACCAAUCCAAGAGUAACAGAGAGGAAUUUCCAUGAGGUUACGCAAAGGUUAAUUGAUAAGACGUAUGGUCAAAUUAGAUUUCAUUCAAGCGAAACUAUUUUUGUGAAAAAGGCCCAAAGCAUGGACGCGUCGCGAAAAAGUGCGGCUGUUAAAGAUGGUAACUCCUUGAAACCCUUGUACUGCCUAGAUCAGGUAAUGUGAUUAUUCCACGCGAAACACUAUCGAGGAAACAAGUUACAGUUAGGGAAUGCGCGAGCUUUAAAUGAUUGAACAUUCAAAUAUCUUAUUUGUUCUUCUUCCCAAUUACUGCGGUUGUCUUGAAACAUAGGUCGCAGAGUAGCGGUAUGAAUCGGGUGAUCCAAACCUCUCUAGAACUAAACGUGAAGACGAAAUAGGCGUUGGGGACCCAGGCAUCUGGUUUAACCAUUUUUAGUUUAAUUGUAUGGGCAUCGACCCUUUGACAUGAAUAAAAUGUAGUCCCGUCACUCUUUCCCGUGAGAAGAGAAUCAUUCGCACCAGGUAUAUAUAAGGGGAAUAUGUUUUGAUGGAAACUGACCAAGUUGAUAUGAAACACAUUUGAUUAGUCUCUAAUCGGCUACUGAACUCAGCUAUAGAACUAGAAGGCCGGGGUUUGCACUAACCUAGGGUUUAAAUUUAAACUCACGUUCUGUAGUCUUGGACGGUGAAUAUUUUAAUCAUGGACGCCGGGAAUAAAAUGUAAAAGAAACCAUUCCUCACGCCCUCCUCUAUUUUCACCAUUUUUUUUAUCCUUGAUUUAGAGAGAAGGGUAGUCCAAAUUUUCCAUUUAUUCAUUUCAAGUUUGUUAGUCUCUACUAAAAGCCCGGCAAUUGCUCGUUUAUACAUUUCAAUUAUAUGCAUAUUUAUUGAUGAACAAAAUUAAUUUAUAUUUUUUUUAACCCUUGAUUUGGUGGGGGUCGACCAUCUUUGGGGCAUUUCUGAACCUGCGCUAUUUCUUUCGGAAAGAAAAAAAAAAUAAACUUAACCAGUUAUAAAAUAAAAAUGAGUAAAAUAGACUCGUCAAUCCUCGAGUGGUAGGCACGUCAUUGCAGAAACGGCUGUCGUGAGUGAAUUGUCCAUUAAACAACACAUAUCAACCACUUGUUUACCCCAAAACUUUUAGUUUAAAGAGUGUUUUCUGAAGUGUGGGAGUGUAUAAUCACGUAUCGUAUCAUGUAUUUUGCACCUGCUUCGUCAUGCUUUACACCAGUUUCGCUACUUGUCAAAUUCGCUACGUUCGAGUUCGCUACCUACAUACUCGGCUAGCUGCCUAUUGACAAAGUUCAAAACUUGCACCUUCGGAAGCAGGGUUAAAAAGAACUAGAUAUUUAUUAUAUUUUCUAGAUUGCUAGUGGGAUUAAGGGGUUAUUUUCAAUGGUUUACAGAAAGCGUAAUGUGUAGCAAACGUGUUCCGAACUAGUAUGUAGCGAAUUCGACAAGUAGCGACGAAAACCCAUCGUUACGUCGCAAUAAUAAGCUUGCUUACAUUCUCCUUGUUCUUUUUCUUCAUCUACUUUUCAGCAUAAUCUCGUAUGCUUCAUUUGCUGAGCAAGCUUUUUUCCGCUUAAAUUUCGAGUCAUUUUUCUAUUUAUAGUUGUUGUUUUUGUUUUCAUCCGCAAAUAGCCAGUUCAUUCUGACAGCUUUAAUUGUCUGUUUCUUUGUGAUUUGGUGUUUACUUUUUUCGAAAAUAAUGGCCUCAUUAUACUAAAGGUCCCGUUGAGUCCAAAAUUAGCAAACUUUUCAAAGACUCCUUCAACUCAUCAUCAGUACCUUUCGAUAAAUUCCUCUGUUUGUGUUGUCGUUUUCAAAUCUUUCAUGGACAAAGAUUACCCUGCAGAAGUUUCUUGAAGCUCCUAAACGCAUACAGAUGUAAGAGGGAGGAGCAUUUUUUAUCUGUUCAGCGUCUUGGCCAGGUUCUUUUUUCACUCUACAUGACUCUAAAAACAAUUUGCGAGAUACUAACAUCGUCACGGCAUAUGCAAACGGAAGUCGUUAACGCAAAGAUUUGUACAAGUUUACAAACUUACGGACUCGCGUGUACGUAGCAUCGAUAUUCGAUCUUAAGUGAGAGAUUAACAAACAUGAAUAUAUUGCUUAACACUAUUGGCAACGUGCUAAUCCGUACGCCUUAAAUGACGUGCUGAAUUUGCGUCAUUUAAUUUCCCAAAAGUAAACGUCAUUUGAACAUAUAAACUCUUAUAAGAAGGCAGACAAGUACAGUUUUUAGUGUUUUUAGUGUACAUUUUUUCUGAAAAAAUCCGAUUAUAUCCUAGAAAGAGUUCUUUUUCUAUUGAAAAGAGAUGCAAGAAGAGUAUAAUUGUUACGGAGUUAUAGCCUAAUAUUGCUUUCAUGUGCGUGCAAACAUAAGAAAAGUACACAUUCGGAACAAAAGAAGAAAAAGAAUUCAAUUCCCUAAAGAGCAAACUUUCAAACAUAGUUCUAAUUGACUGUUUACUCCUACGAUAAUUUGCAUUCCAGAACUUGUUCCUUUACUUAGAGUGUGAAGUACAUCUCUUUUAUCGCAGUCAUGGAAGGACUGCAAAAAAUAUUUGUCUUGUGUUAGUCAUGGCAUGCAUGAUCGAGAGUAAACCAAACGUGCUAGCCUUCAAGUGGUCACAAUAUGUUUUCCUUUAGAACUAAUGAAGGCGUGUGAACUGAUUUAUAACUUGGAUUCGAGCCAUUAGUUCUGUACGAGUUGUCGUGCGUGGAUUUCUCGUGUCAUAGAAAAUAGAGCAAACAUUGAGGCUCUUUGCAAUCUCUCACUCCGCAAGGAACAACCAUUACUUUAGGAAUGGGAGCUGUAAUGUCUGGAAUUGUGGACUUGCUGACAGUGCGGUUCAAUUAUGUGGAGACAACUUCAAGAAGAAGGUCAAAUUCAUGAAAUCAGUUGCUAAGCUUAAGUCAUAUUAACAGUAUAACUAAGGUUCGAGAAAAGUAGUCGAUUUGUAGCCUGAAGACUGUUUUAUACCCAGUCACUCAAACAAAUGCUAUUUUGACUUUUUAGAUUGCGUGAAAUUAUGGAUCAACUGGAUUCAGGCAGAUCUUUGUCAAUGAACGAUAUGAAACACGAACUAGGGAUUGCAGUCGCCAUGUUGGACAAAGCAAAUACGGCAGCCCCGGGAAGGGACUUCAGGUAUGUAAGCUGAUGUAGACUUUGCACUAUUUACAGUUAGCUCACGUGUGAUAUAAUUAGUAUACACAUACAGCUAACGUUGUGUUCACACGUCACUGGACGAAGUUUCGACCGGCUGAAAAAUUUGACCGGACAAUUUCUUGUUCACACGAGACCGUUUAGUAUUCUCGCUCUGUUCACACGGAGCUCACAAACCAGUUAGUUUUACUAUCUAUGGUUUUUAGUAUCUGCCCAUGCGCGGAGUGCUACUUCCAAAAUGGCGUCUCCAAGCUGAGUUACCACGCAUAGACUGUUCACACCUUGCCGGUCAAAUUUUCGACCCAUUUCGGAAAAAAAAUUUGACCUCCAUGGUGUUCCGGCGUAAACAUUUCUCUCCUUUUUUCUCCUACUGCAUUUUAGGAAUUCCACAAGCGCCUUAAGUGAAAUAGACGAGGAGCUUGAAAGUAGCUUUUACUCUGAUGACGUCAAUGAGGAGGUGCGGGAGUGGAUUGCGACCACGUUUGCAAGGACAACUCCAGGCAUGCGCAGAAAGAGUUUGGCCCGACGGCAUACAUUUCGAAGUGUAGUCCAGGCGGUAAAAGCUAGUUUGUACGUCAAAAGGUUAGUAGAGAGAAUAAAAUAAACGAUAAUAAUAGGUGAAAACGCCAGCAUUAGUUAAAACAAAAACCGCAAAAGCAUGUUGUUUGACUCCUCCUCUGCCAUCUUGGAUUCAUAUUAGGGGCCAUAAAAAACAGCGCCAAAAUUUCUGCCACUGCGCUUGCGUACUUAUCUCACCCUAAAACGCUUAAUCUAUUCUCGUCCCCAGAGCCACUAGACUUAAUUUUCAAGACCACGUGACCAAAAGUGACGAGGGGCUCUGGCGACGAGAAUUCGCUUUGUCAAUCAGCCAGCAUCACCAGCCCAGUUCACUUAAACUUCAAUUAUACCGACCCUUAACUUUUUACUGCAAGAAGCGAUAGCGAAAAUUGCUGCAAAUACGCCAUUUCUGAGGUCCAAAAACUCUCACUUUCAAAACGAGGCUAAGUGCAAAACCUUUCUUAUGAAAAUGAAAUUUAUUUGCACGAGACUAAAAAGCAUUUUUAUAUCAAUAGAUUUGCACUUAGCCUCGCUUUGAAACAGACGCUUGGAGCAACUCGGAAAUAGCCUUUUAUAUUAACUGAUUUAUACCCAUUUUCUUUCUUCAAGAAUUUAUCAAAAUAUGGCUGAAAAAUCUAAAUUUCAAGUUCCAGAGGAAGUACAAGUUUACUACAAGGUACUAACGGAGUUAUAUGUUUUUCCAAAAGGCAAUCUGAUAUUUUCUACGUUAGCAAUUUUACAGAUCUCAUAUCAUUUUUAUUUUACAAUUAUUGCGUGGAUCAGACUGAGUCGCGUAUGACGUGAAGAAUUAUUCAGAUUGAGGAGGGUGUUAUCGUCAUGCUGGAUAACACUUAUAUUUUCAUAAUACGUUACACUUUUGAACAACACCACACUUCUGUAUAUUUAUUUUAUCACUUGCAUUUCUAAUGGACUGAUGAGACGUAUUUUUUUCAUGUUCAAGACUUUAGACAACUGGACGUUCGAUCCUUUCAAGUUUAAUGAACUAACAGGAGGGCAUACGCUUCGUUAUCUUGGUCACGAACUUUUCAUCCGCUAUGAUCUAAUGGCAAAAUUUAAGGUGAGCAACGAAAUUUAUAAUUAGAAGCAAAGCUCGUUGUACUAACUCUUGUUCUCAAACGUUUCGCGAUCAUUCCAGUGAGUAAUUUCGAGCGCAAACCGCCUAAAACAUUAACAAGGCAAGAAACACGAUUGCUAGCUUGGCAACCUCUCUCCAAGAUCCUACUCCCGUCAACUAGAUCUAGGCUGCUUCGUCUACAGGCUUUACCUUCUUACUUUCAUACCAGGCGCUUGGGUUCUUGGGAAAGAUCCAUUGCACACGCUUUAUGAUCCUUCCCAUAAUGCUUUAUGCUUUUUGUUUUCCGCGCGUCAGUGGCACUUGAGGACGAGGCAGAUAGAAGACAUUUGGACCCUGGAAACAAUGGCGGGGGGUUUCAUCACGAAUAGUUCACCCUUUGUUGACAGUACGUUUACGUGGCCAGUGGCGGGUCCAGGGGAGGGGCCCUGGGGACUCGCCCCCCCCCUUUAUUUUUAGACAAAACUGACGCCCGAAGGGCCGAAAAACAUUUUUUGGGAGACUGCUCUUCCCCUUAUCUAAGGAUCUGAAUGACCGCCCCCCUUAUCUCAAAGUCUGGAUCCGGCACUGAUGGCACUACUUGUUUUUAAGCAGUUUGCAAGAAGAAAUUAAGAAUAUUUAUUGUUUUUUUCCUUCUUUGUUUGUACUUUCGAGCGCUCUUGGGAAUAAAAGGCUAUUGUUACUUUGACAGAUUACCACGGCAACACUGGACAGAUUCUUACUAGCAAUCGAGGACGGAUACAAAAGACCCCAGAAUCCGUACCACAACGAACUUCACGCAACUGAUGUCACGCACUCGGUGCACUAUUUUCUAUCUCGUGUAGGUCUCAAGGUGAGUAAUUCCGCCAUGAAAGAAACUGGUUCGAGUUAGCUUUCGCAAAGGCUUUUAGGAUCGUUAGUGGGAAUGCACCGGUCAGCUAUUGGCCAAUUUUUUUCAGUCCCCAGUAACAAGUGGCGAAUUCGCUGCAGUACAUUAUCGUAACCUUGCGAGCAAGCUCUCCGGGCCGCUCUGGCGGCGGGGCGGGAAAAUGAAGGAGAGCUUGCAACUACGUCUCUGGAAUUUGAAAAUCUGCAUCGAAAACGUCGAUGUGAAAUGCUGAUUGGCGGAGAUGACAAAAGUAGUGACGUCAUUACUCUUGGCACAUGUUUUUCAAUGAUUGUUUACGUUCGCUCUCGUUUCCGCUUCGCGCUGAUUGGCGGACAUUUUUAAACAGCUCAGUCCACGGUGAACCACGGGGAAUUGAAGGUGGGAUUCAAAUUCCAGAGACGUAAUUGCAAGCUCUCCUUCGUUUUCACGCCCCGCCGCCAGAGCGCCCCGGAGAGUUCGCUCGCAGGCUAACGUUAUUAUUGAGAUCGGAGGAUCCGGGAACGUAUCUCAUCAUCCUGGUGCCCUCGUCGCUAGAGUCGAUCUUCUCCGCAUUCAAAUUCAAUUUGAAAAUUCAAAGUUAACAUUUUUGUCAAAAAUGAAUAGGCCUGUGUCCGAUUCCUGGGUCUCCCAGUUAAGGCUCGAUCAACAAUAUCGCAAACAUAUAAAAACUUAAAAAGUUUUAAUAUGUCUCAGCCUUUGUGCAUAACAGGGUUCAUGUAGAUUCGAAUCUUACGCGGGAUGUUUUUGUUGCAGCACUGCAUGAGUGACCUGGAGAUUUUUGCGCUUCUUCUUUCCGCAAUUAUACAUGACGUUAACCACACUGGAACUACGAAUCUCUUUCAUGUCAAUUCAAGGUAUUGUGCGGAAUUAAUAGUGCCUAGUUGAUCCUUGGACUUCAAGCUUAGUUACUGACGCUCUCUCUAGAAAAUCACGUUUCUUGUUCAGGUAGUCUGGAUAGUCAGGAGUUUCGCGUUAACUAGGACAAAAAUCCGCAGAUAGAUGGGAGCGUUUUGUUUUUAGUUCCCAGCGUUAUUUCAUUUUGUGUUUACCUUUAACGCAGAGGCAGUUUUGAUUUGAAACGAAUAUAGCCAAGGCAAUACACGAUCUGAAACGAGGUUUAAAUAUUAGUCUAAAAAUCUAUAUUUCUACAGACAACGAAUCAACUAAUUUCGUACCCAGAUCUCUUGUUGUUGAAGCCGAAGGCGAGAUCUCGCCUUUAACUUCGUCAAUACGAGAUCUGGGUACGAGAUUACGAAUCAACAGAAAUUUUUCCGACAUGGGUUGAAACAUAACCAGCGUGACCACGAUAUAUCAUUAAUUGAAGCCUCACCAUGCCCUCUAUAACGAAAAUUUAAUUCGGCAGGAGGACUGGUGAGUAUGGGCUUCUGGUAAAAAUGAAAGCCGAAAAAAAAAUGCCCUAGUGGUGAAACUUCCGGCGCGCCCUCCUCCAAGAGUUGCCGUAAAAUGAGUGCCUGACAAUAAGCCCGAAUUCUGCCACGGUAGCAGAAAACCGUGGUCCUGCAAAUAUGGCAGAAAAACCAAAAAAUUGACAUUCAUGACUUUCCUUUGCUUGAUUGAACUCGGUAGCCCAUUCUUCUCUUCCAUCGUUCGACAACGCCAAGGACCGUUUCUGUCAAGAAAUAUUGUUGCGAUCAAGAAAUAUUGGUACAAUUGUAACGUGACGUCACCCUCUUUCUAACCAAUCAAACGACCGAGUGGCGUUGUGAUCGAAUCAAACUAGGUAUCGCUGUCUGGUGGGUGAAACUGAUCAAUUUCUUGUUUCUCUUUCCGCUUUACUAAGAAAACUUGUAAAGCCCCAGGUGUUUUAUCGUAGUUUCUAAAAUACUUUUAUUGCCAGGUCUGAACUCGCUCUUUUGUAUAAUGAUCGCUGUGUGCUGGAAAAUCAUCACUUGUGCUCUGCCUUCAAGCUAUUAAAAUCAGUAAGUAUGCAUUCGAAUUGACUCUGCUUUUUCAAACGUAAAGCUAAAUUUUUUUCUCUGUUUCAUCUUAUCUCUUUUAUAGAGGGAACUAGACAUUCUUGCAGGUUUAACACCCGAGCAGUACAGGUUAGUAAUAAGACCUUUUGGCUAUCAAACCUAACCUGUGAGCAAGCUCUCCAUUUCGAGUAGUGUGCAAAGCGAGCCGCGAGACAACACGCGAGAGCGAGGCCCUUUUUUUACCCCUUCCCUCGCUCUCGUGUGUCUUUUCGCGUGCCGCCCACGCUUGACUUCUCGCGACUCUCUCAAAUAGAGAGCUUGCUCCCAGGCUACUUACUUUCAAACCAGAUAAAGCUACUUGGCUGACUUAUCCUUCUAAAUUGCCUAACCAAAUUAAUACCAUUCACUACAGAGUAGAUCGUGAUUUCCUUACAAAUUUCCCCAACAGUUUUCCGCGCGAGUUAUAUCUGUAAUUUAUCAUUAUUUCUAUCCGACAGCGAUAUAAGAACACUUGUGGUCGACAUGGUCCUAGCAACAGACAUGUCUUCACAUUUUGAACAGCUUCGAGCUAUGAAAGCUGCGCUGACGGUGCUUGGAUGGUAAGAUUACAUUGCAAUAUUCAUUCGCCACUUUAAAAUGAGAGGGAACCUGGGCCGAGUUAGCUUUGGCAAAAAAAAAAAAUUGGCCAAUAGCCGACCGGCGCGUCCCAAAUAGCGAUCCCACAAACAAUUGCGGGAAGCAUUUCGGUUCCAGUCCCAUCUCGUUUCUAAAGUCGCGAAAAGCUGUCUGAAAAUAUUUCACCACUUUCUCAGCGCUUUUACUUUCUUCUGGUUUGUCGCUAGCCUUCCUUUAGUUUGUCCUUAUUUAUUGGCUCUUUGAAUUCAAAUUUAGACAGUAUACGUUACCUUCUACUGUUCUUAAAAUUUUGGCAGCGUUGAGGAAAAAUUUAGUUUGACUGAGACAUUUUUCUCUUUGAAGUCAAGUAGAAAAGAGCCAGGCACUGGAAUUCAUUUUGCAUGUGGCUGAUAUCAGCAACCCGGCGAAGGACUGGGAUUUACAUCGUCAAUGGACGACACGUAUUAUGGAAGAAUUCUUCUGCCAGGUCAGUGAGCAGUCUAUGCUAGAAGUAACCAAAGUUUUGGGAGUGCGGGGAGAUCGAUCAAAGCUGUACUUUUCCUUAGUUUCACGUGAUAGAACGUCCAAGCGCGCGUGAUCAGAUUGCAUUCUCCUCGCUCUAUUCAAUCUUAGUUUUUCUUUUUUUUUACCGUGUUAAAAUAAAGAUUUGAGAGUUGAGAUGUGGAAGUCAAAACGAAUGCUAGCUACAUAUUAUUUCCUACCCAGAUCUCACUCUGUCUUAUGCUGUGAGAGAUCUGGGUACGAGAUUAGGCUACGUACCUGCUGCGCAUGCUUAAUAGCAACCUGGAGAUUAGGAGUGCAGCGCUCUUCAUAAUCAGUCGUGAGAAAGCGUAAAAAACAUUUUAUUUUACGUCAUCGUGAAAGUCUUCUAAAUGUUUUGCAUUGGCCAAAUGGCACUUUCCGAUACAACCCUCGCUCUCACUCUACUGGACGUAAAUAAAUAACUAACCCAACAAAGCGUGCGUUGAUAAAGCAGAAAACAUAAACGGGUUUAACAUGACAGUACCAUACGACACGCACAAGAGAAAUCUUCAGUGAUCAGCGGCUUACAUCUGUCGAUCGAUGCAAUUACAUAAUUAACGCUCUUGUAUUUUUUCAGGGAGACCGCGAGAUGGAGCUUGGUUUACCCAUUUCACCGCUUUGUGAUCGUUCUGUUACCUGCAUACCGGAGAGUCAGUUAGGUACGCAAUGCAUGCAAAAUCAUUUUCAAUGCGAUUGUUUUAAUUGUGGAUAGGCUUUUCAUUAUGUCGCCAUUUUACUAUAAAACAUCCGAAGCUUGUUUGCAUUUGACCACCGAGCCUCGUUAAUUCACAAUAAUGAAUUCCCAGUACAGAAAAGCUGAAAAAAUACUCACGCAGAAACAGUAGGUGUUAAAAACGAUUCUUGGUAGAGACACUAUCUACUCUGAGGUAGUAAAAAAACGGAUAAUACGCGUCUAUUACACCCUUUUCACUUUUCUUCAGCCUGUUCCAGGCUCUCUGAUAAAAAUGCGCAGAAAUCGUUAACACUAAUGCGAAAAACGCGCGGGAACUGGGGGAGAGAGAACAAGUGUCUGAACCAUUUUUUCCCGCCGCCGCAGCCUCCCUUCCCGGGGAGGGUGCGUUCUAUUUUUCUUUAACCUUGUUUUUCGUAACGUUCCUACUCUCUGAGAGCAUGGCACAUCUUACUUUCUUAGUCUUCUUAUUUCAAACAUUCCAGUACAGAAAUGUUUCAUCAACUCGAUCUUAUUUUCUACUUUCUGCCAGGAUUUAUCGAAUUUAUCGUGCUACCAGCGUUCGAAUUGUGCGGGGAGAUGAUGGACAUUUUACUGGAAACGAGGAUUUCACAAACCGCGGUUGAACUUGGCUUAGAGGGAUCUGGGGGUAAGGAGAGGGCCUGGGUAGCGGCACUGGCGGAAAAUCGACGGAAGUGGAAGGAGCAAUGUCAACCACUUCAAAAGGGUAAGGGUUAUUUCCGGUUGCGUUCAUUUUCUAAUCAGUAGCUACAGAUUUAAGAGUCGAUUGCUUCCUCUAGUCAUUUCCCACACCUUACCCCUAAAGUGGUCAAACCGUCAAGGGGGGUGUUCAUUCAUAAUGAGCUGGGGAAUCUGCAAAUUAUUCCCAACAACCGCUCCCCCCCUCCCUGCUUUCCUCCCCUUGCAUUGAACAACGGAAGAUUCCCAACCCAGCGCUUUACUGCAAUCAUACUUUAUUCAACCCUAAAAAGCCUCCCAAAAUGACCCAACCACCACACACCCUCGCGAUUUUGAAGACUCUGAUAAUACAUUAAAGCUCCCUUAACUAAUUUUCUAUCCGUCUGCUCCAUUGUUUUUAGAAGGAAUGGGUGAUGCAAGGUCAUCAUCUAACCUCAGUUUGGCGAGUCGCCGCUCAUCAGCAGGUAUAACUGAGGGAAGAACAGACGAGAACAGAAAUAAAAGUCCAAGAAACAGUAAAGCCUUUUUGACGCCAAUCAUCUCCUAAUAUCACUCCCCCAAAAGCAAGAUGUGUUCACGGCAGUCAGUGCAAGGCCCGCGUCGCCUGUGUUGCUACGCAACGAGUUGCCCAUGGGUGACGAUUUCCCAUGGGUAAUGCAAGAAGUUGCCCAUGGGUGAAGGAUAAUAGUGAUACGAUGCAGCACUUUACGCUCUCUAACUUUCUGCAAAUUCGCAUUCACAACAUUUUCGGUCACGGUUGACGUGGAGCGAGGUGGAGACUGUGGCUAGAAAGAUUGCCAGAAUACCCGCACGAGCCGGUUUACCGUGACUACAAUUGGUUACCCGAUCCGUGGAGUAUAUUAGCGACAGAACGACUUUGACUUUGUCAUGAUCGUUUUACAAGCAAAUUCGUAUAAUAUGCUGACCAGUGGCAUCAGAUCUUUACAACUAUUUUAGCUAAUUUUCCACUUUCCUUUCCGUAAGAAUGCUGUUUCGGUGUUAGACUACAAAAACAGUCCGUAUUUUUGCGUAUUCAAGUACGCGCGAACAGUCAGAAACUAAAGGUCUGAAGCGAGGCUGAAAACGGAGAGCGAGAGUGGGAAGAAUCACACGCGCUACUCUCACGAUACUCUUACGUUUUGAGAAAAAGUGAGAACUUCAGGGACGAGA